UGGCUGCUAAUGAGGCUUUGCACACAUCUCCAACCAAGAUAUUUUGAUGGUUUUGCCACCCCACCGUUUGGGGGUAACAGUGAAGUUCGCUUUUAAAUGGAGAGCGUCUGUUCCCCCUUCCAACCUUUUUACACCACAACAGAUGGGGCGAACAUGGAGCUCGGAAGGUUUUACCUCGGAGGUGGUAACAGUGAAGCCACUCAUUAACACUGAAUUUACCACUUCGUUAGCAACGCAGCUUCCUGUAGAGAGCGACCAGCCCUGGAUGUCGAAACCCACUGAGCGGACAUUUUGAACUAAAUGAACUCCAGACAGCACAUUGUCAUCUGUCACAAGAUGCAGCUUACACACGUUCAAUCACAUUCUGAUUAUGAUCUUAUUUAAUAAUUGUUAAAAAAGUAUGAUUUAAAUGUGUGUGCGCAAAGGCGUAAUCUUUUCUUUAUGCGGGCCUGUGUUUGUGUUUGAGACAGAUUGUGUGCCUGCCAAUUUGUCAGGAUUCGAGUAACAACAGUCUCAUGCUGGGAUCCGUGUUGGCACCAUCACAGAGUGAUAAGACGCAAUAUGAUCUCAUUGGAGGUGUACUUUGUUCCCAUGGAAAUUGGUCAAUUUUAGCAGACGACUGAGAACUUUAGGCGGAGAAGCAGGGCAGGUUGUGUCCCAGAGGUACGCUCACAUAAUUAAGCAUCUUCGCCAGGGUAUUCAGGGCUAACAGCAGGGUUUGUUGUGAAUAGAGGUGGCGAAAGAGGGUGUUGGGGAAAUCAGAAUGCGGCACAGAAUAAUACCGCUCUUGUUUUAUGGAGAAAAGUACUUUUUGUUUUUUAACAGCACCACAUUAUCAGUGUGAAAAAAAUGAGCUAGACUUUAUUAAACCUGUUGUGCAAGAGUGUUUCAUUUUGUAAUUUACAUCUGCAUUAUUUCCUCCUGCAAAUUGUCUUCGGAUGGUUGAACACUGCACAUGAGUAAAAUAAAUAUUAGGCUUGUAAGCGAUGCCGGCUUUGCACGGCUGGCUUGAAAUGAAUAGAAAUAUGAAGUGCACUUGAUAAAUUUGUGAUAUUCUUUCAUGUUUUCAGAACGUAUUGGUGCUAUGUCUGAUCUGGGGCGAAAUACACGAGAGGACAAAGACGUGGAACGGGUGUCUGACAGCCCAGGUCGAACUCAGGAGCCAUUACAGAGUCACACAUUCUCCCCGAAGAAUAAUGCUGCAGGUCUGUCCUCGGAUGAACACGAAAACCUUUUAAAUGGAACCCAGCCGAAUCCAUUUGUAUACAGCGGGGUCCCCGCUGUUCCCCAUGCAGGCAAUUCAUUGCCUUCAGGAGCACUUGUUAAUGGACCUGGUUCACACCCCACCUCAGAGGUACACUGUGUCCUGAACAAAGGCACUGUUUUAUCCAACAAUGUCCUGGAUGCCGCGUGGCAAGCGGGGAAGGACACGAGCCCCGAGGUGUUACCACCACCUAGUGAGCUUCAAUCAGACGCUUGGAAGAACACAGCGGGGUCCGUCGUGAAAACACUGGCCACACAGCCAGGUGUCAACACGCCACUGUCUCACUCGGAGGAGAAUGAGUCCAAACUGGCCUGUCCCACACUGUCGGGUGCAGGCGGCACGGAGCAAAUGCACAUUAGCCAACCUUUGACAAAGCAGACCACGAAAACAAGAUCUCGCCGGGGCGUAGAACGGUCAGAGAGCUCCUCGGAUGAUUACGACGACGCCAAGGCGGUCGGGUGGGAUUCAGCAAGGGAGCUCUUCUUGCACAAUGACAGAAGGCUGGAGACCAGAGUGAUGCACCAAGGGGACAGGAAGCACAACACACAUGCAAAAAGCAUGUCAGGCUCUCUGGAAAAGGUUAACAGCAGCUUAAAUCGCACAUACAGACGUUUCUGUUCCUGCAGUGAUGUUGGAAACGUUGACGUCGCCAACCAAGAUGAUUCUUUGGGUGCCCGAUCUGAUAUUAAAUAUUCUGUGGUGCCACUCAAAGAUCUUUCUGGGAACACGGCGUCAGACUCGCAGCACCAUAUUUAUAGCACGGCAGCACAGGGAGGCUGUAAUGAGGAAAAUGACCCUGAAGAUGAAGACAAUUGCAGCUCAAAAGUGGAACGGUUGAGGACGGAACAAGUCGAACGAGAUCCACUUUUCUUUUCAUGCAGAACAUGCAAUGUUAAUUUCAAGGAGAGGAGACAUUUCCAUAGACAUAUGAUGUAUCAUUUAGGCAAGCAUAAUCAGGUGAACAGUGAGAACGUCUCGCAGCCCUUUAUAUGCAGGGAGUGUGGGCGUUUGUUCUGUGAUAGCAGCUCCCUCAUGAGGCACAUCAUUAUUCACAGAUACAGGCUGGAAAAACUUCUGGAGGGAAUCAAAGAUCUCAAAAACGCCGAAGUGGAAGACGGGGGCGCCACAGUGCACUGCCCUCGGUGCGCAUCCGGUUGCGAUUGCCCUAAAAUCUCCGUCCAGCACGCCAAAACGUGCGAUAAUCUGAAGCACUACUACUUCUGCGAGGAGUGUAACUACAUUACGCUGACACAGCAGGCACUCGAAGCCCACUUGAGCGUCGCGCAUUUCGACACGCACAGGCCUCAACGCGGGGAAAUGACUCGCGCUAAUGAGGACGGGGAAGCGGACCGUGUUCAGCUUCGGCGCAAAGCGUGUUUUUUCCCGAGCAAAGACGAUGAAGUAUUGCAAAGACAUUCUGAGCUGGAGCGUCUGCGUUCGCUUGGUAAUUAUAAAAAGGUCGCCGACCAGCCCGAACCGAAUCUGCAUAAGUCGACUCUUGGAGAAACGGCCCAUUUCCCCCAGCGUUCUUGUAAAAAAGGGGAGUUUUACAUUCAAAAGUCCAACGACAAAACUGUAAAUUCUCCUCAGUUUAAGUUCCGUGUCGACUGCACCGAAAACAGGCUGUCACCGUCUUUGUGGAGGGUCGACAGGCAUGGAAAACUACUCCUGCAGCCAGUAGAAAAAUUAGAUGUGGCAACUGAUCUCGCCUGCGUGGAGGAAGACUCUGCAAACAAUGACUGCAAGGCUUUUGGCAGCUCAAAGCAGGCAACCUGUCCUGCGACCGCCGAUUUCUUACUAUCAGCCAGAAAUCUUAAAUUAGACCAGAUGUUCUGUCAGGGUGGCAAGAACGACCCGGCAAGCGGGAGCUUACAAGCGCAAGCGAACCAUUAUUCUCAGUCAGUGAGAAACAUGCCAACGCCCUUGCGUAACACUAUUGACAAUACGAAUGGUAAUAUAUCGGGACGGUUUUGCCAGAGGCUCGGGAAACCGUCUGCAGAUAAGGAGAUGGAGAAAGGCUGCGAGGGCAGCAGUGACGACACCAGUGGAGCUGCAGGCAGCUUCUUGGAAAGCGAGGAUGCGAGGAACCCGUACGCUCGGAGGUACUUCACAAAGAGGCAGAGGUUUUCAGCCAAAGACCAAAGCUCUCUUGUGCUCAAGGAUGAGGAGGAUGGAGGUGAAGACUGUAGUGACAUAGAGCAACUCAUAAUCAAGGAGGAGUAUAUCGAAACCACAGCGUGUGGCGAUUCCCCAGAGUCGCCUUGUAUGUCCACAGGGGACAGCUCUGGUGUUUCCCCCACACCAGGGGUGGAACACAGGCGCUGUCCCUACUGCCCGGCCAUGUUUGAGUCCGGAGUGGGCCUGUCCAAUCAUGUGCGAGGGCACCUCCACAGAGUCGGCUUGAGCUACAACGCUCGGCACAUGGUCUCGCCGGAGCAAGUGGCACUGCGGGACCAUCAGCCACGAAUCCGCAGAAGGAUCCCCAGUGGCAUGAGGAGAAUGAGUAAAGCUGUUAAGCCAGAAACCCAAGGAGCACACAAAUGUCCCCUGUGCUGGGGUUGGUUCGCUACUAAGACCGGCCUCUCCAACCACGUGAGGGGACACCUGAAGCGUAUCGGUAGAAGUGUUACCAGCACCGGCAAGUCCCCGCUGGGCAUCCUAAACGAACUGCUGCGGGACAAAAAGGAACAUCAGAACAUCGUCCAGGUCCUCAACAAGAGCCAAUUCCCCUCACGGAUCAGCAGCGAUGGCCUGAUCCUGAUGCGCAUGGGCAUCCCAGUGAAAAUCCAGUUUGAGAUGAGGAGUCCGCGUCCCAUGUUGGACAGCCUUGUACCAAAACAGGAAGCAGAGGCCCUCUCAGAUAGGAGGCUUCAGGUAGAAGCACAACGAGGCACUGAGGCCUCCUCAAGCACUUUAGUUGAACUGCUCAAGGUGAGACGGCAAAGUAUGGAGCUCUCGGCGAGAAGCGACCAGGAACCCCACGCAACCAGGAAGCUCCCUGAUUUCACCAAAGAUUACACGGAGGAACCAAACUGGGCUCAUGGGGAAUGCGAUUCGAAUACGAUUUGUAUUCAGUGUAACGGAGCCUUUCCCGUGCUUCCUGGUCAUCUUCAAGCCUAUGCACAAAGGAAGAGGAUUGCCAUAUUUGAAGGACCAGGCUACGAUUACAAGCCGAAGAAGCCAAGGCCUGGGCUGAAGAAGAAGAUGCUACCCUCCUUGAAUUCUGAGAUUUACACGCUCUCCUGCAGAUUCUGCGACCUGGUCUUCCAGGGUCCCCUGUCUAUCCAGGAGGACUGGAUCAAGCACUUACAGAGGCACCUACUGCACACCAGCGUGCCCCACUCAGGGACCGGGAUGGUUGAGGUUCUGGGUCUUCAUCACAAAAUACACACGAGGAUGUCUCGUGAGCGCCCAGACCUGGAGUAGAGUUUUACCUGUCGAACGUCCAGCGGCCUGAAUUUGCACAUUGUUUCUACGCAUCAUCAACACAUUGUUUUAGACCUGUUUUUAGGAAUAUAUAAGAGUUAAUCUAGACUGCUUAAUAAAAGUAGUGUAUUGAUAAUAUUGUAUAUAUUAGCAAAAACGUUACAAAGGAUAUUUAAUAUGCUUUGCCUUAUAACUGAGCUAAUCCAAGUUGUAGGAUUUAUCUUUAUUGACGCUAUUGAAGCUGAUCUGGCAGUGCAGAACUGCCAUUGUUAGAAAACCAUUGUUCUCCUGUGUUUGUCAUGACAAAGAAAAGUGCCUUGUUAAAAAGCAUUUUGUUAUAAUGACAAAAUAUCCAAAUAUCUCAGUUUCUUGUAACUUUUUAAUGUCAUAAACAGAACAUUUCUCAUUAUAAAAAGAAACAUUUCUCAAUAGCUUACUUCUCUUUUUAUGAGAUUUUUUUAGUUUUUUGUCACAACAAAAGUUAAAAGGAGCAUGCAUAUAUUGGCAAAACACACGAGUGUUUCAAUUGAGUUCACGCCUCGCUUUCUUCUAGAGACGACAUCAAAUCAAACGGCGCUCUCGUUGUUGAGCGGUGUGCGCGGGGCUGUCGCUAGCUCGCGGAUGCUUUGUGGGAUUUCACCUCCCUGCGCCUGCAUCAGAGGGAGCAUCUCUCUUAAUCAAAGCGACAUUCAUUAUGUUGGGACAGCUUGUUCUGUCACUGUUCUCCUGCUUAACCUUCACCCAUCAGCGCAGGUUCUGAAAUCUGGCUCUCAUUACAGCCGCGAUAGCGACAUCUUUUUAUAAUGAGGAAUACUCUCUAGUUAUAACGGGAAACCUUUUCCCGUUAUAACAACAACGUGUUGUUAGAAUUAUUUAUUUUCUCAUUGUGGCAGCUCUGUAUUUCCGAAAGCUCAAAAAUUGGUGGUUCUUGGUCGGGUCGGUUACUAUUUAGACUUUAUAACACUGGAAGAUCACAGCUACAGUUUGUCCUUCUUUGAGUCAAACUUCACAAUUCUGAUAACAACUUUAUUUUUGUUUAAAGUUCAGUAUUAGAAAGAAACCAUUAAUACACAUUAUAGCACCAAUAUAAAUAUGAAUGUGUAUAUUUAUUUCAGCAAUGCCUAUCCCAUGAUAACAACUCUAAUGUAAGGAUUUAAAGAUUUAACUAAAUCAAAGAAAUAUAAUUUUAUCUAUUUGUUAGUUUUUUUUUUAAAUAUUCAACUCUUUUAAAUUUGUAGAUAUGUAGUGCUCCCUAAUAUAUAAUUAUGGUUUCCUAUAAAAUAUCUCACUUCCCUACUCAGGCUUGAUAGUUUUUAGACUUGCUCAGAUUCAAAUGCAACAUUUUGUAGAUGUUUGUAUAGAAAUCAGUGACAUUAAUAGUAAACUUGCAUGAUUUGAAAGUGUCACUAAAUUUAAAUAACGUGAAUUUUUCUUAGAUCAGCCAGAUAAACUAAAGCAUUUAUUAGUGAUGCCAUGUUAAGUUCUAUCAAAUAUGCAAUGUAGGUACCGUGGCCCCUUCAUAUCGAGGAUAUAUGCAGAACAGUACCGAGGGCUGCUGAGGUUAUCUACUGCGGUGCUGGUGGAGCGGACCAAAGGGUUGACUCCAGUGAGCAAGCUGUCUGAUUUAGAAAACAGAAGAGAACGUAGAGCCAAAAGUCGUUGGACAGUCGAGGUCAGGGUGAAUAAGAAGGCCAGUGAAAUCGUAAUGAAAGGACGGCCGCGCUGAAUUUCUCAUCAUCACAUUUAAUCUCAUUAGGUUUAUUUUUGGAAACUCGAUAUGGAGAGCCAACCAGACACAUGGGAAGGACAAGGACAUCAUCCCAAUGUAUGAUCAGUGCUUUUCCAUUUUAUUCUCCUAUAUCUGUAUUAAAAUAAUAAUUCAUAUGUUCAUGUCAAUAAAUGAUCGUUAUGCUUCCUUCA